UGGAAAUCGUAAAAGACAAAUGGCGGACCGGAUAUGGAAUCAGAAACUGAUGAACGCUCUCGUUUUGUACCCAGUAAACGGGCUUGUGUUGUGAACGCCAAACGCUCGUGCGUGGUGCAUGAUGGUCGUAGUAACGAUGACGACACGGACCUGCACGCCGUUCUGUCAAACUCACUCAACACCACGGACGCACAGACGGACGGGUUUUCAUUCCGACGGUUACCAAGGCGACAGAAGUUCCUGCUGUACAGCAUAUGUAUAACUCGACUGUUGACGGUGAUGAACGAAGCUCUACUGGGUCCUAUAUUCCCGGAAGAGGCGUCACGGCGUGGUAUUGACAGCCAGGUGGUCGGGUGGGUGUUUGCUGCUUACGCCUUUGGACAGGUCAUCAUAUCACCGAUGAUUGGCAAGUUUCUUAUGCAGAUUGGACUCAAGUUCACGUACCUGUCAGGAAUAUUUGUCAUAGGAGUGUGUACCUCGUUGUUCGGACUUCUGGCUCUGUCACCAGCAGACGGUAAGAUGUCGGCCAGUUUUGUCGCCCUGUGUUUCAUCAUUCAGAUCUUUCUGUCGGUCGGGCUGACCGCGGUCGACACGGCCGCCAUUGCCGUCGUCUCCAACGAGUUCCAGUCCAACUUCACGUCUGUGUUUAGUUUGACGGAGGUGUGUGUUGGUUUGGGAUUGUCGAUUGCACCGGGAAUUGGCGGAUUUUUCUACAUGCUUGGUGGUUUCGUAUUACCAUUUGUCGUGUGUGGUUCUCUCAUACUUCUGUCUUUACCCAUCAACUAUCUGCUGGUUCUCAACUUGACAGACAAACCCGUGCGCAAGGAUUCGAUCACUGACGUCAUCAAAAAGAAGACGUCUUCGUGGCGUAUUCUACGUCAUCCGUCCGUUAUAAUUACGUGCGUGUCCGUGGCCUUGGCGGCAGGGUCGUGGACCGUCCUUGACCCGAUACUAGAACCAGAGUUGUCUGAAUAUGGGUUAACCCCCGAAAUGGCGGGAUUGGCGUUUCUCCUGCUGUCAGCAUCAUACUCUCUGGGUUGUCCGUUCUCUGGCUGGUUUGCCGCCAAACUGAGUGAUAGCCGCAUCCUGAUGAUAGCGGGUUUACUAACAAUAGCGAUUUCUCAUCUUCUCCUCGGACCCUGUCCACUGUUAGACAUUCCCACAGAAUCGGGAGAGCUGUGGUUGAAGAUUGUCUCCCUUGUUGUUCUGGGUGUUUCGAUCAGCAUCACUGUGAUACCUACGUACGGAAUUCUCAUGGAACUAGCACUCGAGUAUGGGGUUCAGGCUAACGAUGAGGUACAUGGGGCGGUGGCCGGUCUGUGGUGUUCGGCGUACGCGCUCGGCGACUUCUUCGCUCCUAUGUACGGAGGCUGGGUGGUAGGUGUGUCUGACUUCGGGGCUGGUCUGAGUUACUACUCCAUUGUCGUGCUCAUUGUGGCUCUGCUAUUAACUAUGGACACAAUCGCUCGCCACAAGUGUAAAACACACAGACAAUCAGACGAAGAACGACCAAGUGAGACGGAACCCUCGUUAAAAUAUUCCGAGGACGAGACACUUGGUGGCUGGACGUUCCGUGAUUUUUACAGGAUAUUUUUAACACCCACCACCCAGAUAGAGUGAAUUACAAAGAUGGUGCUUGGUAUCGUACUUGUGUGUUUAUAUAUGGAGCUUCGGUUGGGGAUCGAUUCCCGUCGGUGGGCCCAUUGGGCUAUUUCUCGUUUCAGCCAGUGCACCACGACUGGUAUAUCAAAGGACGUGUUAUGUGUCUUCCAGUCUGUGGGAUGGUGCAUAUAAAAAAUAUAAAAGUGAUUGGUCAAAACAUCAAGUCUUGAAGAUGAAGGAAAUUGCUGUCAAAUAGCACUAUGAUGUCAUCAUUUAUAUACUACGUGAAGUGGAAUCCAGACGCGAUUGGUUAAAACAGCGCUGUUUUGUUAUAAGUGAAACGAUUGGUCGAAGUAUCAAUAUGACGUAUACAGUUGUCAAACGGGUUACUCGUGAAAACUCCAGGUGGAAAUUAACAGACUCUUUCUCAGGGUGACCAACCUAAUGGAAAUAUUUUUCCGGAAUUUUCUGGUAUUUUCAUUUUAAGCGCGCGAACGCCCCUUUCAAAGCAAUAGUUUAAAGCACGCGAAAACGCCAUUUUCAAACAUAUAAAAAAUAAUUUAAACAGCGCCAUAUUUGACAUAUUUUAAAAAUAACAACAACCAAAGAGAUACAUAACAAUAAAAAACACAAUUGUAUUAUUUAUUGGAAUGUUAUGUAUUCAAUAAUAAAAGUAUAAAUCAAUCCACAUACGUGGCAGAAUUUUCCUACUUCCUUUUUAAGCAUAGCCAUACUUUAUGGCUUGUCUAGUUUACAAAACAUGAUAAAUAUAUUCAUCAGUGUAAACAAAGCUGACUAUACCUAGUACAGCAAUUAACAGCAUUAUUACACACACACACA